AUUUGGCGCACGUUUUUCGGGGGGCGCUAUCUGAUCCUGCUGAUGGGGGCGUUCUCCGUUUAUACGGGCGCAAUUUAUAACGAGUGCUUCAGCAAAGCGAUGAACCCCUUCCCCUCGGGGUGGAGCGUGACGGGGAUGUUUCAAAACGGAGACUGGAGUGAAGCUGUACUGGAAGGAAACCAGUACCUCACUCUGGAUCCCAACGUCACGGAUGUCUUUCAUGGACCUUAUCCUUUCGGCAUUGAUCCAAUCUGGAGCUUGUCGAACAAUCACCUGAACUUCCUGAACUCCUACAAGAUGAAGAUGUCUGUGGUGAUCGGGAUCAUUCACAUGACCUUCGGAGUGUGCCUGGGGGUCUUCAACUACAGUCACUUCAGGAAGGGGUACAGCAUUGUUCUCGUCUUCCUCCCCGAGCUCGUGUUCAUGGUGGCUCUCUUCGGGUACCUCGUCUUCAUGAUAGUGUACAAGUGGCUCGUUUACGGACCCCACAACUCCCAGACCGCCCCCAGCAUCCUGAUCCACUUCAUCAACAUGUUUCUGUUCAGCACCAGCGCGGACAACACGGAGCUGUACACAGGGCAGCAUAUUGUUCAGAUGGUCCUGGUGAUACUGGCCUUGUGUUCGGUCCCUGUACUCUUGUUUGGGAAACCCCUCUAUCUCUUCUUGAACCACAUGUUAAACUCUCGCAUCAAGAGCUCCAGUUCCUCUGAUCGGCGCCCCCUGCUGUCUCAGGAUGGGGAGGGUUGUAUCAACGCUGUCGAGGGAGACGUGGAGGAGGGAGGCAGCGCGGAGGAGGAGGAGGAGGAGUUUGAUUUCUCAGAGGUCUUCAUGCACCAGGCUAUCCACACUAUAGAGUACUGCCUGGGCUGCAUCUCCAACACCGCGUCCUACCUGAGACUGUGGGCGCUGAGCCUCGCACACGCACAGCUGUCAGAGGUGCUGUGGUCGAUGGUGAUGCGGAACGCUCUCUCCUGGUCUCAGUUCUACGGCGCUGCGAUUCUGUUUCCUGUCUUCGGGUUUUUCGCUGUGCUCACCAUCGCCAUCCUGCUGGUGAUGGAGGGACUGUCAGCCUUCCUGCACGCGCUGCGACUGCACUGGGUUGAGUUUCAGAACAAGUUCUACUCUGGGACGGGAUACAAACUGACUCCGUUCAGCUUCUCUUCCAUCCUGGAGAGUCUCAGCAGCCCCGUGUAAAAACAUGAAUAAAAAUGACAAAUCUUCAACUAUAACAAUGCGAGCGAAGAACUCGACCUCAAAUCUUCCAAUAAAAUGAAUUAUUAUUAUUA